UACAGUUCGGACGCAGCAGCGCGAGCCGGAUCGGUCCAGAGCCAGAGCGCAUCGUGUGUGUCUCUCCGCGGCCAAGCGGAGCGAGUCUGGUUCGAAACAGGACAACCGAUCCUCGGUGGAUUCCUGGUGGUGUCUCUUUACGUUUUCCCUCUUCUCGAAACAUCUUCCCACGGGGUGAAGAUAGUGCGCGAAGUAGAAGAAUUCUGCCGUCCGCAAACGAAAUACAACGAAAUCCUAGAACGAAACAAAAUCGAACACAUUUCAGUGAACAGUUAAGUGUGUGCGUUGUGAAAACGUAUUUUGCGUAUCGGCCACCAGUUGAGUGCUGCCGUUGGGCACGCGGAUUGCGCAAGGAUCGAUCGACUUUAGUGUUAACCGCACGGGAAAAAAACCGGAACACGAUAAGAUUCUCUUCCCUUGCGAUCUCGAGAGGAUUCGAGAGUGAUAGCAAAACAAACACAAAGAGUGUGAGUGAAUGUGUGUCUCUGUGCUACGCUUAUCAGCAGAUUAAAAUCAGUGGCGGUGAGUGAGCGAGGGUGUGCGAGUAAAGUUUGUUUGGAAUCGCUUUGCUGACCACCGAGCGCGCGGUGCCGUCUUGCGGUGAAAGCACAAUAAUCCCGGAACAGCGUAUUUCGACAACAAACUGUCUGACCUUCUCGGUUUCUAGUGCGUCGUCACCUUUGCUCUCCGGUUCAAGGAGAAGGAGAAGUUGCCGCAAAGCGCCCAGAGUUCAAUCAGCGCACUAACGCUAGUGUUUGUGGUGCGCCUGUCUGGGGCCAUCCCGUGCCACCCCUUGGUGGACAUCAUUGUCUUAACGUGGCUAUCGUUAAUCAACGUCAAUUGGGUGACGCAACGUGUUCUUGCCGUGUCCGAGGGUGCAAUUGCAACUGCAUCGCGUGCGUGCGUGCGUGCGUGAGUGUGUGUCGUUAAGCAGUUGACAGCAAUUGACAGAUUGACGAUCGUGGCGGAGUAGGCCGUGCAGAAGGAUCGAAGAAAACGACGGUGGCCGGGUGGAGUGAAGGCUGGCUGAAGAUGAAUAUGUUGAGCAUAUUUCUCGAGAGUCCCGAUUGAUGUUCCGCCAUUGCCAGAGCCAUUCUCACUGCCCUUCACUGUGUGUGCCGUGAUAAAAAGAGAAGUGACUUCAAGACUAAACACUUUAGCAUAAGACGCAAAGCGUGAAGAAACGAUCCCUUUUUUGUGUAUGUUAGUGAGUCUCUAUCUCACCUCAGAGCCUCAGAGAUUACCGCAGAAGUCGGAAGUAGUGUAAGACUAGUCCCGGUACCUAGUAGUGUGCGCGAUGGCCAAGCCAUUCGCCCUACCGGAAACGGGCCCGGGCGGUGCACCAGGUUCCCAGCAGGCAGGUUCCGGAACGGGAACGGGAACGGCCGCCGGAGCUGGUCCUCCGGCUGGUGCAGGAAGUGGUGGUGCUGGGUCCCUCAAUGCCGCCUCGCAAAACCAAAAUGUACCCAACGCGCCAACACCGGGUGGUGGUGCCGGUGGUUCCGGUCCAAUCUUUAGUUUUCCACCACCACCAACGACCGGCGGAUCGGGAAGCCAUCCCUCGUCGGCACCAAUCCCGGUAGCCAACGGGAAUCACCAUGCAUAUCAGCAGUUGCUGCACCAGCAUCACCAGCAACAUCUUCAGCACCAGCAACACCAUCAGCUGCAGCAGCACCAACAACAGCAACAACAACAGCAACAGCAGCAACAGCAACAUUAUCCGUACAUGCAGCAGCACCAGUCGUACCCGGGAGCAGGAUUUCAUCAUCCGGUACCAUCCGGUGGUGGGAUAUCGGUGGGCAGUGCACCCCAGGAACCACACCCAAUGCUCCAGAUGACUCCACCGGCCAGUGGAAUGGCGACGGCCGUCCAGACACCCCAGCUCGGCCCGGUCAACGGUGAUCAUUUGAUGCAGGUGCUCUGCGAAGCCCUCUAUCGCUAUCGUAUGGCAGAUGCUCCACCGACACCGUUGUCACAGUCGCCCCCGAGUGCUUCCUGUAGCCCUUUCACCACCAACGGUGGCGGCUACCACGGAGGGCAAGUGUUUUUCCCGCGAACUCCAGCACCAACCACCGGCGGACGGAAUGGUCGUGCGUUCUUCCACCAGAGCCCUACCAGCGGUGGCACUCAGCAACAGCAACAGCAGCAGCAACAGCAACAACAAUCCCAGCAACAGCAACAGUUGACGGGCGGUUCCGGUGCUACGAUCAUCACCAGCACGAACAACAGCAGCAACACCCAUUCCCAGCCGACACCCGUUUCGGCCAGCAGCCAUUCCAGUAGCAGCGGCAUCAGCAGCUCCGGCCAAACGCCCUCCUGCUCAUCCGGAACCCCGCACCACAGCUGCGGUCAGUAUCAGCAGAUCCAGUUCAACUGGCAUGACGAUGGGGAUUCGAGCGAAUCCGAGGGCUCUUCAUCGGGCGCUACUUCGUCCUCGUCGUCCGGCUGCAGUCCACACUGUAUGGGACUGGAUGGUGUUGGACCGCUCGAUGGUGGUGGUGGUGGUGGUCGAUCGUCCGGUACGACGCUCGUCAACAGUUCGGGUUCGUCGUCCGCCUCGACGCUGUACGGUGGAGUGCCACCGCAUCUCGACUACAUGGCCGGCCGGGAGCAGCUCCAGGAGUUUCCGGGCAAGAUACCGCAGCGCAAGCGCAAAUCCCGUACGCCCAAACCGAAGAAACCACCGUUUAUGGAUAAACCGUUGGUGUGGCAGGUCGCUGUGACGGCUGCGUUGAUUGUGCUCGGAUGCAGCUACCUGGCCGCUCGGUAGGAGCUGUAUCAUAUGCUUGCACACCCAAAACACAGCCCAGCAGCACUUCAAUCACAGUGUCAUUGUGCGAUCGUUACCCUCCGCAACGAUUAGUCGUUCGUUCGGAAAGCGGAAAGCGCGUCUACGGUUAACCAUCCAACGCAACCGAGAGCAGCAGACGGCCAACACUCGCUGGAACCACGAAAAAAAAAAUACGGUAAACAGAACAAGAACAGGACAAGAUUGGUGUAUCGAUUUAUAAUGAGUUUUCGGUCUGCGGCUGAGGUGGAAAAUGCACAGCAAAGAUUCCAUUGCUGGUGUCGGGUGCAGUAGUAUCUGCAUUAGAAGUGACCAGGGCACGGUGAAAAAGAAUGCAAAUGAUCCGUGAUGCAAAUGAAAAGGAAAACCGAACCGUGAUAAUAUGGUAAAAUUAUGAUCAUAAUAGACAUUACAACAGUAGACAGUAAACAGUGUAGGUCAUUGCGGAAGCGGAAGGGAAACAGCGGAAAUUCUCAUAUUGGUCUCAGAUCUCGGGUCACGAGUAAUUAACCAAAUAGUUGCUAGUGGUUCUUUCGGUUUUCGGGCCGUUGCUGCCGAAAGAAAUCUGCCAGAGGAGCGGAAGAUUAUGGGAUGAUAGCAGACACCGCACUAGCAUUUCUUCAGCAGCAUCAAACGUGCAUGCAAAAAUCUUGAAAAGAUGUAUCGAAGGAUGGUUGAGAUGGAAAAGAGGGGCUAGACGGACAGAAGAUGCAUCCUUUUGCGAUGAGCUUCCAUCAGUAAUAAGUUUUUCCCAAUAUGUUUUUAUCUUCAUUUUAUAAUUACCAUGAGUUUACCAUAGAUUAAGGUUUUAAUUUUUUUCCUGGUGCAUUUUCAUUGGUGAUGGCUUUCCGUUGAUGCCCCUGGGUUGAUGGCGAAUGUCAGUAGCACACUUAAGCAGGACAUACAGAUGUAAUAACAGUAUUAAGCAAAAAAGGGUUCGCUGAGAUUUAAUGUUUUCAGGCUUUCAGGGCCACAGGAAACCAGUGAAGGUGCUGUUGCUUUCAAUAAGCUGAGAAUCGACAUGACAAACAAACUGUCCUAUACUUUUUUUCUAUAGUCCACUGGUAGAUCUCUUUCGAAGCUCCAGCUAUACUGUCUACUCCCCUUUUUGACUUUCAGUUUGCAUUUAGCAUAAAUACGUAAAGGACUUUCAGCAGCCCCCAGUUUAGCGUAUAGAACCAAGAAGCGUACGACUCAUCGAGCUUUAGCCAAACGCACACGUCCUUUACGUCCCGCAUUGCCUAGUGAUGGUGUUCAGAUAUGGCUUACUGGCUCAUAGUUAACCAACGUAAACAGAUUUCAGGACUCAAUUCAAUAGGUGAUCUCUCUCUGCCUCUCUCCCUUCCUUAUCUCUAUCUUUCGGUCGAUAGUAUGAGCUACAUAAAACUCACACGUAGCAUCUUCGUAUCAGUAACCAAAAACAUAUCAGUGUAUCGCACAAUGGCAGCCAACGAUGCAGGGAAGCAGAAGGAAACUCGAUAACUUUAAGCAGUUGGAGCGGAGUUGCGACAGAAGUGGCAUCAUUUAAAGUGUAGCGCAUUAGUGAAUGAGUUAGCCCGUAGCUAGAGGUAAAUAGUAACGCAGUACGAUGACGACAAAGGAAAAUAGCGAUCCAUUUGUACUCCACAAAGAUAAGAAGCCGCAUUUGUAGCUGGCAUAGCGCAGUGGACGCGUGCAGGAACAGUGAACGAACAGUGCCAACGCAGAUAGCAGCAACUUAGAGCAAUUUUUAACUUCGAAAUAAGCGAAUCGCAGCGCAAGAGUGUAGCUUAAUUUUGUGCCUUUAUCUGUCUGAGCGUGCAAGGAUAAUAGGAGGGACACGCUCAUCACCUUCGAGUGCCUUAGAGAGGAUACCGCAUUGAACCGAUCGGCGGCGAACAAACGAUAUUGGCGAUCGCCCCCGGUGGUGUUGCAGUGGAAGCAACGUUUGCAAGCAACCAAGAGAAACACGAGACAUGACGAGAUGGUAACGAUGACGAAGACGAUACAAGAGAUCCAAAUAUUUUGCGAAAAGAAAUUCUCACUGUGUUAGGGUGCCCAAAGAUUUUACGUUUUCUUUUUUGUUUCCAUCAAUUGGUUGCUGUAUUUGUUUUGUUUUAAUUUUCUUCCUCAUUUUUAUUUGCUUUUUUAUAACAUUCUUCAUUUGCUUUUACCCUUCUUAUUAGUAACAUCCCUUUCUUAUCUUCCGUUUUCGGCUUCGAGGCGUUCUCUG